AUGGAUACGACGAAUUCAGCGCGUGGUGAAGCUGAGAAUAUUGCUGUGUGUAUACGUAUACGACCGAUGAAUGACCGUGAAAUACGUUCAAAUGAUUCAAGUGCAUUAUGUUGUAUCCCACGACUCAAGACCGUGUCAUUACUAGAUCCCCGUACAGGUAUACCUUUAUCCGGAAAAGGCAAUGUCUAUCAAUAUGAUGAUAUUUUUGAUCCAAAAAGUGAUAUCCACCUUCUCUAUCAACGUGUGGGUCAACGGAUUGUACAUUCGACGUUAAAUGGUAUCAAUGGAACAAUCUUUGCCUAUGGACAAACAAGUUCAGGAAAAACAUUUACAAUGCAAGGAAAUGGAGAAAUGAACGUGAAGCUCAAGGAUCAAAUACAUUUCAAUGCUCGUGGAAUUUUACAAUUAGCAGUGGACGAUAUUUUUCAUUUUAUUGAAAACUGUCUAGAUCGUGAUUUUCUCUUACGUGUGUCGUAUGUUGAAAUUUACAAUGAAGUGGUGAAAGAUUUAUUGAAUCCAGUCGUGAAUUUAAAACUUCGAGAAGAUCCGAAAAAAGGCGUGUACGUGGAAUGUAAGGAAGAAAUUAUUACUAAUUAUCACGAUAUUGUCAUGCUGCUUCAAAUGGGGAAUCGAAAUCGAACUGUUGGACAUACAGCUAUGAAUGAAAAGAGUUCACGCUCUCAUAGCGUCUUUCGAAUUGUUAUUGAGAGUAAAGAAAAAGCAAAUUUUAGAAGACUGUCAGAAGAAGACGUGAACGGAGCGGUGCUAGUUGCAAGCUUAAAUCUUGUCGAUCUCGCUGGUUCGGAAAGUCUGCGACAUACUGGCGCAGAAGGUAUUCGACAACGAGAAGCUGGCAACAUUAACAAGUCGCUCUUGACACUAGCACGCGUUAUCAACUCGCUGGCCAGUUCGGGAGGAGGCGGACAGAACGCGCCAUUUCGAGACAGUAAGCUCACACGCCUGCUUCAAAAUUCACUGGGUGGCAAUACACGCACACUCAUCAUUUGUUGCGUGACACCAAGUGACAAGUACAUUGAGGAAACCAAAAGUACCCUGCAGUUUGCAGCCCGUGCAAAGGAUAUCCAGACGUCCGCGACUGUAAACGAGGUUCUAGAUGACCAGACGCAAUUACGGCGUCUCAAGCGCGAGGUACACGAGCUCAAAAAACUGGUCAAUUCUGAAGCGCUGAACGCUCUUAAAGCUGAGAACGAGGCACUGAUCAGCGAAAAGAACCACAACAAGACGGAGAUGGCACGGCUUACGGGGCUCAUCCUUUCCAGCUCCUCUGUGACAAAACUAAACACUGGAAGUAAAAAGCGCAAGCGGCAAAAAGGGAUGAGAGAAACGUGGGGACCGGGAGAUUUUCCUACUAACAUCAAGGCGCUGGGUUUGUUGUCACCGGAUUGUUACCCUCGAAAGCGGCAUUCUCCGACAAAAGAAAAUAUGGAUCCCCAGACUCUCUUUCGCGUAUACGAAGAUGUUGAAGAUGUUACAGACGUCAAUAACGAUUUAGCGAAAGCAGAGACCCCUGCAAGCUAUUCAGCAACAAACAAACUCAAGCUGGUAAAACGAGCAGAUGUGGGUGAUAGCAGCAAAAACGUAAUCGAUCUGUUUUCAGCAGUCUUUCGAAGCUACCAUGAUGGAAAUGGCGAAAGUCCUAUUGCUGCAGUGGAAGCGACCGCGAACGAAAAACGAGCGUUGCUUGGUGGCGUGGAGAAUGCCCGUGCUUCUGAUGUCUUAGCGGAAAUAAAAAGCCUGAUGGUCGCUAACAUGCGGCUGAGAGACGCUUUGGAUGAUAAAAGCGUACUGGACCAAACUGUGAACGAUCUACUUACAAAGGUGGAAGAUGAGAAUGCUGAUUGGGAUAGCUCGAAAAGUGCUUUAAAUGCUGGUAUUAAUGCUGACGAAGUAAUGGCCGAGUUGAUGUCCACACAGGAGUACUUAGCCAAAGAAAAAAGACGCUGUCAUGACUUGGAGAUGGAGAAAGCUAACACUCAGCAAAUGGCAGCAGAAGAACUAAAUUCUCUUCACUGUCAGCUGGAGGCCUUGAAACUUGAGUCCACUAAACUGCAACAAGGAUGCGACCGUAAAAAGCACGAGCUGGCAGCCACUGCCCAGAACAAUCAGUCCGGGCUUAUGCCUCCCGGUAACGAGGAUAGCAUGAGCUCAUGCAGCAGGAAACACGAGUUGGAAAGCCUUCUAGAAGAACUGAAAGCAUUACAGACUAGUCUUCAGCUAGCGGUUGCAGAGCGUGAUGAGGAAAUCGCCUCUUUGGAGUUACAUGGUAAUGAAGUAAAGCAGCCAAAGCGAGAGGAACGGGUAAGGUUCUUAGAGGAGAAGAGAGCUGCGUUGCAAAAGAAGAUUGGACAGUUGAGAGAAGAGGCUGCUCCAGGAAAUGAAGAUGCAUCAUCAGAAAGUGCACAAAAUCUACAAAGGAACGUGUUUAGUGCAGACAAAACGGAGAACGUUGUUGUAGACAAGCUUGCACAAGAAUUGCAGAACAUUAUGCAGGAGCUUGCCCAGUUGCAGUCGGAUCACGAGCGAACGGCUUUAGAGAAAGAAGAGCUGCAAGCAGAGCGAGAGAGGAUGAGCGAGGAGAUUGAGGUUCUGCAGCGUCAACUUUGUGUAAUUAGUGAGACGUUAGUGGAGAAGGAGCACAUUGCGAAGGUCUUGCAGGCACAGCUAGAUGCAAAGGUCGCGACGAUUUCACAGAUGCAGACAAAGCACCUUGAUGAAGUCGAAACACUGCAACAGAGCAUCCGUGAUCUUGCUACCGAAAAAGAACAGCUUUCCACUAGAAUCCGGGAGGCUGGUGCCGCUGACAGCACUACGACAGAUAGUGGAGACCCAGAAGAACUGGCAACGAAAUGCAUCGAUAACGCCAAUGAACACUCUUUGGAGACGAAUAAGACCCAAAAGCUGCACUUAGCAGUAGAGCGGAUGGCCGAACAACUUUCUGCUCUUGAGUCAAAGCUUGGAGAUACGAACCCAACUUUAUGCUCAACGGAACAUUCUGCUGAGCAAAAUGAGCUCAUGAUAGCGUUCGAUCAACUAAAGGUUGAUUUCCACACUAUGCAGCAGGCAAGCACUGCUCUUUCGACCGAUUUUGUGGUAAAACAAGAGCAGAUUGCAAAAGCGUCUUCACCUGAUGAUCCGAAUAUCGUUUUAACACACGGCUUUGAACAGCAAUAUAGCGCGCUAAAGGAAGAUUUCAAGCGGGUAACAAAAGAACUGGAGCAUAUAUCUCAUGAGCGCAACGACUGCAUGGAGGAGCUUCAGGCUUUAGAAGCCCAACUGAUGCAAAUAUCCGAAGAGAAAAUGAAAUUUGCAAUCGCCGCUGACGAACAGGAAAAUAAGCUCCGUGAAGUGCAGAAAGAGGUCUUGUCUUCCUCGGCCACAAUCACUACGCUGCAAGCACAGCUAGAAGACACUCAAUCAAUUAAAGCAAGUUUGGAAGCUGACAAGAUGAAGCUUGAGCAAACCAUUGAGAACCUUCAGAUCGCUUUGACAACUUCUCAAGCAGACCAUGCCGCAAUAGUGGAGCAGAUGCAACACGACAACACAGUACCCAAGCCUGAAAAUGAAAGCAGUGCCUCUAAGGCGGAGUACUUACAGCAGCGUCUUGAGACUGAAUUUAAAGAGCGUGAAAAACUCCAACUUGACGUGCAGUCAUACGAAGAGACAUUGUCUGUGUUGCGCAAUGAGGCAAAAGAUAACUCUGACAAAAUUGCAGACCUUUCGGAGAAAAUUAAGAUGCUAGAAGCGGACCUAGAUUCAGCUGCCCGUACUCAACAGAAAAAGGAUAAAGAAUUUGCAAAAUUGACGAAUGCUCUGACGAUGUCAGAGGAGGAACAGCAGGAGAUGCGUCAUCAGAGUAAGCAGCGCCUUAUUGCAGCCGAAGAAAAAGAGAUGGAGCUUCAAGAUAAGAUAUCUGCGCUAAAGCUACAACUGAAAAUGGCUUCGACUGGCAUGGAAACUGUUAGUACUCCGCCGCAGGAUGAUGUAGAAUUGAACCUCCUAGAGGCAAGGGCAAAGCAGACCGAGCUUCAAUCGAAGACAACAGCGCUGGAAACCCAGUUAUUGGAGGCGAAACAAGAGCUGCUAAAACGAGAUAGCGAAUGGAGUAAGAAGGAAGCUUUGGCAAAGAAGGAGUUUGCUCGUAUGACGACAGAGCAAACACAACUUCUUGAUGAGCUGUCUGCUCUCAAAACGGACAUUGGUGCUUCUCAAGAUGCAAUGAAGGUGCAAGCCGAAGAACUGGUGAAGGCGAAAGAAUUUUGCGCAGCAGUGUUGGAGCAAAAAGAAGUGAUACAACGAAAGCUUGAAGCAGAAACUGCUAGGUGGGAAGAGACGCACCAAGAUUUGGUGCGUCAGAUGGACAGCAUUGGUGAGCAGUUUUUGGAAGCACAGGCAGAGCUUGAGAGGCACCAGAAGAACGCGGACGGCGAAAUCCACCGACUUCGUUCUGCUAUCGAUCAAAGUGAAGCUGAGAUUAAUGAACUGAAGCGCUGUGCUAAGGCGAGGGAGGAGGACUGGAAAAUCCGAAUUUGUGAGCAAGAGGAGUGGCAAAAGCAGGUCAAUAGCCGACAAGAAGCACUGCAAGCGAAAUGCAACGAGCUUGUCGGUGAGCGUCGACUAUUGAAGGAGAAAUAUGUCGUCAUUGAGGCUCAACAUCGAGAGGUCGAGGACCAGCAGCGAGAUGAGAUUUGUGAGCUGCAACAAAAAUUUGCUGCUGCACAGGCUCAGCAAGCUACUUACCAAGCUAAGCUGAAGGAGAUAGAAGCUCAGUUGGAGAUGACUGAGAACGAAGUGACUCAAAGCCAUCGCGAGUUAAAGAGCCUUGCGGAAUUGCUCAAGUCUUCCCAGAUGGAGGGUGACAACUACCACAAUCAGCUCGUGGAAGCCCAGCUUGCAAAGGAAAGUUUGGAGAAACUUGUCGAUAAGCAAAAAGCACGUAUUGAUAAAUUGGAUAAGGUCAAAAUGACGACAGAGACACUAGAGCUGUUCCGCAAGUUGAAAAAAGACCGUUUCGACUUGCACGUCAAGGUGCAGGAUCUGCAAAAGGACUUGGCACAAGCCUUGUCACAGUGCCAAGGAGACCAUCUGGAACAGGAACAUUUUUUACUGAAACGCAAGGACGAGGAAUUGAGACUGUUGAAGGAGCAAGUUGAGGAGCUUCGCGAAGCCGUACGCAUUGAGAAACACCAAGCACUAGAUGGCAAGGCGAAGAUGCGAGCGGCGUUAAUUGAUGAGCACCAAAAAGCCGAGCAUGAGGUCCAGGAAAUGCAAUUCCUAAUGAAGGAAAGGAUGGAGCUUGUCGACAAACUGGAGUCGCAGUUGGCGUCUGCCAAUGAUGCAAUGACGACGUUUCGAGAGCAUACGAGCGAAAAUGUGGCGUACCUGGAAAAGGAAAAUUUGGAACUCCAUGUCGAGAACAGGAAGCUGAAGAAGCAGCUGAAUGUGGUGCUAACCUCGCUACCUGAGAAGGAAGACGUGAUGGAUGAUGACACAGGCACCUACGACGUAUCUGCCGCUGCGGCAGCAAAGGUGCUUGGUGAAGACAUUUCCAGUUCCAACAAAGAGAAUGAGGUGGGAGGUGACUGUGCCGUUACGACUAAAACCUCAUCUCAACCGCCAGAAAAAAGCAGAUGCCCGUGCUACUAA